UCGACCACUUGAUUUAUACUCAGAGAUCUAGUUCCAUGCCAGUAUUUUUGAAAUGUUCAUGAGGGGAAAAAAUCUAAAGAAGGCUUUUGUCAAGUGUUUGGUUCUGGAAUCCAUCGAGACCGGCUGGAUCUGUUUCGUCCAAGACAUUAAUUAGUGCAGGGGGGAAAGUAUUAGUAAUCUUGGGGAUGCCGGGAGUGCAAGUGCUUCCUUUGAACUAAUACAAACUAAUGCCUGCUAUAUCGAUGACGUUGGUAUUUAAGUGAUGCAAGAAGACUAUGAGAGGUGGGUGGAACCUAAGAGACAGAGACUGCUAGUGUUCUGAGUCUUCAUUCAUUCAGUACCAGUACGUGCAAUCAGGAGGACAAAAACUGCAUGGACCGAGGCGACACUAUCGUAAAACGGCGUGAUGAAGGAUACUUUAACAAUGCAACUCCACUUUCGACAUUAGUGUGCUACUGGAAUAAAUCAGAUGGCACUCCCCAGAAAACGUGCCAGAGCAUACUAGUACCCGAUAAAUCUGAUGUCUUCUCAGCGGUACCAGACAUGUGUUUCUUGUCAUUGGGUCAGAUAAUUAAACUUUGAAUUUGCCUUUAGCAUCAAAACUAUGGAGCUACUCAGUGUGUGGAUAGCAGACCGCUGGGGCGAAACACUGUGGAGGAAUCUAAAAGAUUCCUGAGUGUCCCUUCACUGGCAUAUCCGUGGCUGAAGGUUUCAUCAUAAAAGGCUGUGACCUGUCGUUUGAGGUCAGAAAGCUGAAACAUGGGGAUACACUAUUUCUUAUGUCUCUUGAUUUAUCUGGAGCCGGUGAUCUUUUUGACUGCAGAAGCUACAAAGGUAAAAAGCAACAAACCUCCAGGGUCUUCCAAGCGUCCGGUGCCUCAUCCCAAAGGAAAAGAUGCCAACUCCACAUCCUUAGCCACAGCUGCUGUAGUCAAAGCCAUUAAACCGCAGAAAACUUUUAAAUAUGAUACCUGCCAGGGUUACUACGAUGUCAGUGGACAAUGGGACAGCGAAUUUGAAUGUAACACAACAACUCACAUUUACUGCUGUGGGUCUUGUUCUCUUAGGUUCUGUUGCCCGAAAAAAGACGAACGUUUGGAUCAGAAAACGUGUAAGAUUCAAUCUAGUCCCACUACCCAUACCUUUACUGUUCCGACAACCACGGAUCCAUACGACCCAGACAAAGACAAAACAAACACUACAGUGUAUAUCACAGCUGGAGUUAUCGCUUUCAUUCUUAUUGCUGGGGUUUUCGCAAAAGUUGCUUAUGAUAAAGCUAGACGCCCCCCUCAGGAAAUGACCGUACACAGGGCCCUCGCUGACAUUUUAAUUCAACAAGGACCUAUACCAAUUGGACAUUGUGAAAGAGAGACAAUUGCAGCAAUAGAUAUCGCCCUAAAAGAAGAAACAUCAGUUAUAUCAUUAGCCAAAAACCACUUUACCCCUGUACGGUCAUCCAAACCUAAUCAUGGAUCCUAUGGGAAGGAUUGCAAUCGAAGUGGAGGUCAGAAUCUGCAUAACUUUAUCUCGUCAGGAUUUGUCACACUUGGAAGAGGACACCUGAAGGGUACAGUAACGAUAAUGCACUCAAACAGCAUUUUAGUAGUGAGAUGUUAAGUUACAAAUAUGUAGUGAUUUUGUUUAAAUCACUCAU